AGGAGCGAAAAGGAGUUCCUGAAGCGAACGGCGGCACAUUGGCCUGGUCGCUCAUCCUGGAUCAGCAGUAAUGCUGAGCCGCCGGCAGGGGCCCCCUGCUGGGGAGAGAUCCUCAGCCGGACCUUGGGGCAGGGCGGCUGGACACUGAGGGUGUCCUCUGUCGGUGGCAUGGCCAGGGAGAGGCGGCACUGGCGCCUGGUGCUGAGGGGCUGCCUGCUGCUGGCCACUCUCUGCCUCAUCGUCCACAUCUACCUGCAACUCAGCAGGCGGGCCUGGCCGUCUCGAGCUGAUCCGAAUGGCUCACCAGCCCGGGCACUGUCUAGGGCAGAACCCACCAGCAGGAGGACCCCAUCGCCGUGGAGACCGACCAUCCGUCCAGCCUUGGGGAAGGGCAAAGGGACCGGGAGCACCGUUGUGGCCUCCAGCUCCUGCCCGCUCGCAGUGCCUCGCAGAAAGAUUCCACGCUGGCAUAUCGAGCUGCAGCCCUGGGCCGCUCCACAACACACAUUUCGGGAGGAAGCCUUACGAUUCCUCUCCUACAUAAAGACCCUGCAGGUGUCCUGUGCCCCCCCAAUUGGAGGUGGUCCAGCCACAGACCUGGAGCAACUGGGGGGGCCCUGGCAGGUGUGUCUGGAUGCACGUUACAGGCUGGCACAGCGAAUCAGGGACAGGCAGUGCCGCGUCUACUCCCUGGGGCUGGGUGCAGAUGCCCGUCAGCUCGAGUUGGCCCUGGCGCGAUCUGGGUGUGAGGUACAUCGCUUCGACCCCAGCGGCCCCCGGGGUCACCAGCACGACUCCGCCAUGUGGCACCACAGCCUCUCAGUGGGCUGGCGGGACCCCAACCCCGCUGUGCCCCCCCCACAGCAGCGCGGCACUGCCAAGAAACUGGCCACUAUCCUCAGCGCCUUCGGGCACAGGACGAUCGACGUGCUGAAAGCCGACAUGGAAAGCGCGGAGUGGAAGAUCCUGGAGAACCUGAUAUUGGAUGAUGUCCUGCCGGAUAUCGGGCAGCUCCUGCUAGAGGUGCACCUGCACUGGCCUGGCUUCGAGGUGGGUGGGGACGACGCCACCGUGGUACGCUAUUGGUUCAGCCUGUUGAAGGAGCUGGAGUGCAGCCACUUCCAGCUCUUCUACAGCCAGAGCGACAGCAGGAGGCCACGCCUCUUCCUGCGCCAGGACAUGUUCAACAGCAGCAGCGUCUACACCCUGGGCUGGGUGAACUCCAGAUGGAGGCCACGCUGAAGCUCCGCAAAGGCAACUGACAAAGCAAUCCGUCUUUACGCAACAUCCACGUCGUGCGAGAACAUGUCGAGGCGGCCUUCAGCCACUCCCCGCAACCUCCGACAUAUGGUGCCUCCAUGACUUCGCAUCACCUUCUGGUGUCCACCACCCCCCCAGAGAAAAACAAAAAACGGAAGCUGGUCCAUUUUCCCUGAGCUGCCAGGGGUGCUGUGGCCAGUCUGUGUGGCCCAUUUAGAUAAAUCUGUAGAUGUCUCAGUGCCUCUAUGGGAUUGGCAUAACUCAGCUGCCACGGCUGCUCUUCUAAACAUGGCCAAAAGGGGAGCCAGUGAGCUGAAACAGGCCUGAAGCCUGCUGGGAAUGCAUAACUCAAGGGUGACCAAAGAUGCUAUGGAGUUCUUACCUAACUUUUUUUUUUUUUUUAAAGUUUUUUGGGUUCUUUUGAUUGCUUGAACUUUAAAGGGCAGAUGAAGAAAAAAAAAAGAAUUUACUUGUGUUGACCCUGCAACCUCUGCUGUCUGGCAUAGAAAAAUGACCCACUCCCACAUUUCCGCAUCACAAAUUCUCACGGUGUCAGUGGGGUCCAUAUAAAAACAUUUCUGCUGCCUCUGAACCGUGACACGGCUGGCAUCAGCGUUAUAGGAACUUUCAGGAAUUGCAGGCUUUUUUGUUAAAAAUUUGCUUUGUCAAAAAGUGUUUUAAUUGCUAUGCAGAUUUCAGGUUUGGGAGGUCGGGCCCCAUUUCCUGCAGGGCAUCCAGGUGCCAGAUAAAUGGGGUGACCGAGGUCGGACCUUGUGAUCAGUGGAAGCUCCGGGGGGACGCCUACGGCCAACCCUAGCUGCAAGCUGGCCUUCUAGAACAAAGGCCACGGCAAAAGCGAAAUGCAAGAGCAGACGCCGGUAAAAUUACAGGCGAGGGAACAGGCAUCUCAGCACGGUCCCAGGUUGGGGGAGAGAAAAUGGCCUCAAUGAAAUUAUUAUGCCUUUGAAUAUUAAAAUGUCAAGCUGGCCGCUGACAGCAUUAGCUCA